CACCUUCAUUAUUAUCUAAUGAGGGAUUCCACUGAGGGAAAUAAUCCCGUUUUUGAAAUUAAAUAAAUAAAAUUAAAAAGGAAAAAAAAACUGUGGAGAGGGGGACUGAGUUGUUGCGUGUUACGCCUUCUUCCUCUUUCCCCUGUGAUCUUCCUGAAAGCACCUGCGUGGUUCAGGUAACUCAUCGAUGAAUAGGGAAGUCCUUGGACACUGAGCAGCGGAAAGUUUGUCCUGCAGGGAUGUGUUCCAGUCGGAGGAUAUGCGGUGGCAACAACCAUCCCAGCAGAUCAUCCACCUCGGAGGCUACAGGCUCAGGUGCGCACUAUGCCCUGUGUGCUCUGGGAGUGGGACUCAUCGCCCUGGGGAUUGUCAUGAUAGUGUGGACCGUGAUACCUGGGGAUGAAGAGGAUUCCAAGAGCACCCCUACUUCUCCGUCAGGCAACUCAACAGUAACGUCGGAUGACAACGACAACCAGGACGAAGAUCGUAUGAAGUCCUCGUCGGUGGCGUUGGUCCUCGUCGGAGUUGGGGUGGUAUUGUUGCUCCUGUCUAUUUGUCUCGGUGUAAGGAGCAAGAGGAGAACUCAAAACAGAAGUGACCAGCCUCAGAGGAGCGGAGGCACCUUCAUGGCCCAUGUGGCAGGGGAAGAACAGCCAGAUGAAGAUCCAGCUGCAUACAACGUGCCGAGCUACGAGGAGGUUGUUGGCAGCGGUGACUACCCCGUCCGCCAGAGCAACCUUCAGCGGAACGGCUCGCAGCUGCCGUCCUACGAGGACAUUAUAGCCGCUGUGGAAAAUGAGGGAAGGGAACCCAGGAACGACUCCACAGAGGACACCCCUCUUAACGAUCCCCCACCGGCUCCGGUUCAACCGGCCGCCGAGUCCGCCGGCCUCUCGCCGAACCCCAGCUUGCCCACACGUAGCAGCAGUCGGGCCAGCCGCUUGCUGCGGCCCCUCCGAGUGAGGAGAAUAAAGUCGGACAAACUGCACCUCAAGGACUUCCGCCUCCAGAUCCGCACCCCCACACAGAACCCAGUGACCAUUGAACCCAUCACUCCACCUCCGCAGUAUGAAAAUAAGAUGCCUGAACUCCAGUAGGGUAAUAUCAUAUCGUAGGACCCAUUCCUGAUCAAAAUGUAUGGAAAUAUGGAACGAAUUUUUAAGGACUUGCAUCAUCUGAAAGCCUGUUUUCAAAAGCGAUAUUAAAUAACAUAAAGGAAGCUGUGCACACACUGUUGAAAUGAAAACCCAUCAAUUAGAGGUUUUGUUCUUUUGUCACUGAAGCUUAUAAUUGGAUUAUUUAUUGGGUCUCACUGCGUUUUUGGUUCCGUGUAAACGGAGCAGUUUAAAGAGGUUUGAGAGGUUUCUGGUUGUCUUUUCAUUGUUGUGUUUUAAAAUUUCCUGCCCAAAGUUUCCAAAAAAAAAAAAAAAAGGACAGCGUUUCAUUUUUGUUUAGCAGACAAUCAAAUGUAUAGCUUGUGAUGUAAAGUUGAAGUAAAAUAAAAUAUCACAUGUACAAACAUUCCUAAUGUAUUUAACAUGGAUGCAAUGAAGCCUAGAUUCAAGGAUGAUUAGCCUCAUGUUCGGUUUUUUUGAGUGUUUGUAAAGUCGUCAUCUUAAAGAAAAUGGUUUGGAUUAUGUGAUUGACACGGGUAUUAAAAGAAUAGAGCCUUUUUUUUAAAAACAGACAUUAACUGUAUGUCUGAAAUUACCUGAAUGCGUUGCUUAAUAGAGCUUUUAUAAAUGUUUAUAUGUCCAAAUAACUUUUUAUUGUAAUAUUUGUGAAAUAGUGGUAAAUGCAUGUUUGUUUUUUUCUUGUUUCAUUUAAAAUCUGAUGACAUUGAAUGUUUUUGUUGAAAAAUGAAAACACUUUAUUUAUUCAAUGUAUUAUGCCAAUGUUGAGAUCACUAAAAGGUAAUGGAUUUAUUUAACACAAUAUGUGGCAGGACAAGGAAAAGCUUCAUGAUAAACAAUAAUUCUUCAGUUUUCGUGUGUGCUGUGAGUUUCACAAGAUCUGUAUUUAUUUAGCAAAAGACAGAUGCUGUUUUUUAAUUUUUAGAUAAUAAAAUCUUGCAGUUGAGUUUCUUUUCUUUUCUAUGUUCUGUCAUCACAACAUAAUUUGUCAAAAUAAAUUUGCAUGAGUGUCUGUUUGCACUUUGAAUGAUUUGAUUUACAUUUAGCACCCUCUAGUGAUUAAAAAUGUGAAAUGGCCAAAGUGAAAUUGAUGGAAAAUGUGUCAUUGCUACAUUAAAUCAAUGUUUUGUUUU